GAUGAACGAGACGCGCCUGAACCUGUACCUGGGGCUGUCGGCGGUCACCGUGUUGACGCGUGCAUUCGGUACGCUGCUGAGCAAGAUCGAGCGGAACGAGCGCAUCUACGAGGCCGACAUCCUGGAGCAGACGACGUACGAGAUGCUGGGUUUAAACCGGCAGCCGUCCCUCCGGCUGCCCGGUCUGCAGCCGUACGACGAGAAGCAGCUGUUCACGCUCGCCUACCUACAGCGCCACUGUACCGCCGACUAUAGCCGACACCGUCUGACCAAGCUGCUCAUCGAACACGACAUUCCGGAGUUCGACAAAUUCGAGUUUCUGUGGCACCGUGUGCCGUCCUUCGGAGGGGCAUUCGGAUGCAGCGCAAAGGUUGCUGCGGCGGCGGCGGCGGCAGAAGCGGGCGGCGAUCGGCGCCACUGCCACGGCAUUCUUUGAUCAACCGCAAAUACUCAACGACGAUUUCGGCAGCCACCAUCGCCGCCACCACCACCACCACCACCACUAGUAGCGACACCAUUAUCGCCUGCUACUGUACGAACGCCGCACGCAUCAUCAUCACCACCUUCACCGGCGGCACCAUCAUCACAGUCACCGUUACUUGCUUCGGGUGCCCGCGGAAGCACCGAGCGUAGGAUAACUCCUCUCUCCUCUCUCUACCCGCACGCCGACCGGCGGGCGAUUCCGCAGUCACAUUCGCGACCGGAACAGGCGGGCCGCACAAUCGUACCCCAUCCGCAGCAGCCGGUAUUGCCGUUGGUCGUCGGUACACCACCCCUGCUGCUUCCAACCCACACCGACAUCCUCGGGCGUAUUGAUGUGAACAGCAUUUUCGUGUAAAGCCCAGCCGCUCGAACGGGAAACGGGUUGGGCUGGGCUUCACCACCCUACCAAUCAUGCGGUGAUCAUGCUUUUGUUCGUGUAAGCGUUGUUCGGUGGGGUGACGGUUGAUGAGUGGACUGGAUGAUGAGUGCAACCGCCAUGCGAUUGCCACCCGGCAGACCCGUGACAGGAAAAUUCGCGUAUUUAUUAUCUCAUGAGAUAUCUAUAUAUAUAUAUAUAUACUUAGCCUUAAGUGUAAUAAGUGUGCCGGCUCAAUUUGACAUCUCUUCUGCACGAUACCAAGCGCCAGGAUUGACAAGGGAGGACGACGAUGGAGGGCGUCCACUUGCCAUUUCAUCGGACACCGUUGGGAGUGUGGUCCUGCCGGUGCGCUGUACGUUUUCCGCUACGCUGCCAACUGCCGAUUUUGUUUGUGUUUUGCUAACGCAAAUUCUCCCAACGCAAAUUUGGAUUCGAUUGAAGGGUGGAAGAAAGAUGCUGCCACGACCGGAUGUCCGGAUUUGUCCAGAGUGGCGUAGCGAGUGGCGUUAAGGAGCGCACACGCACACCGGAGAAAUGAAAUCGAUAUGCUAUAUUCUACAUUAAACUAUUAUACCAAUCGCUGCCGCUUGGGAGGCGUGUAUACAGAUAGGCAGAGAAGAUGGGGAGCGCGCAAUGGGACAAACAGAGACAGAAAGAGCCUAAUUUUUUCCCUCAUCUCUAGUGGCUUCUACCCACCCCCGCGUUACGCCGUAAACGAUAUUGUUUAGUUUUUUUCCAAACAACACCACACUUGGCAGAAGUCUGAUGGUAGUUCAAAAACGAGACAACCGCAUCACAGCAAUGCUUACUAGUAGUAGUAGUACCCGUAGCAGUAAUUAUAGUCAACGAUGACAUCGGCCAUGAACCUGUGCCAACUUGAUUUAUCGUUCCCCCCCCCCCCCCCCAUCUCAUUCUCAACGUUUUCUUCAUUGUUUACCUAUAAGUGAUUAAGCCAGAUGAUAUUUUGGAGCCUCUUGGCGCGGCGUGUGGUACCAUACCCCCGUACGCACAGCUAGCAGUGCAAGGAUGAUAGCCAUUUAAAGCGAGAGAAGCAUAAGCAUUAGAUGAAUGAAGAGUAGUAGCGGAUACUCGGGAGGGCGAAAUCCUGGGCCCUGUCCGAUGGUUUCACUAGGGCGGGUUUUGUGUGGGUUUUGGAGAGGAAGAGGCGCGAGCAGAACUGCAAAGAUUUGAAUUUGAAUAGCAUAUUAAGUUACAAAUGGAUGCGAGCUCGGAACCGGGGGUAAAGUUGUGCUCGAUGGACAACAUGCACCGGGAAGAGCUUUUAAGAGAUUGAACACAGACGGACGAUCCACAUUGUUGAUGAAAUGUAAUAAAUGUUUUGAACAUCACGCCGAAACCACAGUAGCAGUUGUGCUGACGUCGCAGCAAGGCCAGAAGAUGUCAACUCAAACUCAACAGCUCUGCGCUCCACAUCCUAACAUAUCCCGAUUCUCUAAAAUCGCUGCACCUUUAUUCGUAUGCAUACUUAGUACUAAUUUUGUUCUGUUUUUUUUUCUUUUCGUUUUGUUGUGUUUUCCAUAGCCUCCCACCUACUAGCCAACUACACGCUGCAUCUCCCUACGAAUAUGCCACCGUGCACCCAAGGAAGCCCCACCAAACAUACACUGUAGCAGUUCUCUUCAUCAACACCCAUCGGUAUCAGCUGAUCGGCGAAACUGUGCAAUCGUGGUUUAUGCUGUGUGUGUGUGUGUGUGUGUGUAAGUUGUGUUGUUCCAGCAAAGAGGGGAGAGGGGGGUGGUGGUGGGGGCCUUUAAGCGCGCUUCAUGUUCCGUCCGUUGCGUAACCGAUGCUGCUGCUGCGGCUGCUGCCCGAUCUAAUUACUUAAAGUCUUCUCUCAGUCUGAAGUUUCCU